UACUUUUUGACCCCAUGUCGGCCAGUGUCACAGAAACUGUUGUUGCUCAGCAGAAUGGCUAUGUGAAGCCAUUAGAGCCUGAAAAACAUUGUAAUGGCACGACAACGAAUUCGAAACCAUGUGAUUUACCAUCGCACACAGAAUCAUUCGAAGUCAUUCCGCUGUGGGCAGCGAUAACUACCUACUUCGCUUUCGGUCUUCUCAUUCUUAUAUCUUACCUGAGAGAACUACUCCGACGUUGGGGUUGGAUUCGAUACGGAGCUAAAGUAGAAGGCAUGAAGGACUUUGUUCCUUUGUACUCUGACUUUGAAGCAAUGUACACUCUCAACAUAUACGGCAGAAUAAAAGAUUGUUGGAAUCGGCCAAUUGCCAGCAAUGCAGGUGACCAUUUUGAUGUUUUGGAGAGGAAAACAACAGAUUCAUUUAACAGUGAUCUCAAAGUUACUGGCAGAAAAAUUCGUGCAUUAAAUCUCAGCUCUUAUAACUAUCUUGGAUUUGCUGAGACACAAGGCUCCUGUGCAGAAGAUGCUCGUCGUGCUCUUUCAACAUACGGUGCUGGAACUUGCAGUAGUAGACGAGAAUUGGGAACACUUGAUAUUCAUAAGGAGUUGGAGCAGCUUGUUGCUGAGUUUGUAGGCAAACCGGCAGCCCUUACAUUUGGAAUGGGUUUUGCUACAAACUCUGCUAACUUACCAGUUGUAGUUGGCAAGGGAUCGUUGAUCAUAAGUGAUCAACUAAAUCAUGCUUCAAUCGUUUUGGGAUCACGACUGUCUGGAGCCAAAAUCGAACUUUUUAAGCACAAUGAUAUGGAUGACUUAGAGCGCAAGCUGCGUCAUGCUAUUGUUUAUGGCCAGCCGAGGACCAGGCGUCCGUACAAGAAAAUACUGAUUGUUGUUGAGGGAGUUUACAGUAUGGAAGGGUCUGUUGUCAAUUUGCCAAGAGUGGUUGAACUAAAGAAGAAAUACAAGGCGUAUGUUUACUUGGACGAAGCUCACAGUAUCGGAGCAAUGGGUGAAACUGGUCGCGGUGUAUGUGAGUACUGGGGUGUUAAUCCCGCCGACAUUGAUAUUAUGAUGGGCACGUUUACCAAAAGCUUUGGUGCUUGUGGGGGUUACAUUGCUGCAAGCGAAGAGAUUGUCGAUCAGGUGAGAAGGCACUCACAUAAUGAUGCUUAUGCAGUCUCCAUGUCAGGCCCUGUUGCUGCCCAAGCAGUCUCUGCUCUCAAAACGAUAAUGGGACGAGAUGGAACCGAUUUGGGUAGACAUCGCUUGAAACAAUUAGCAGAGAACAGCAGGUAUAUGAGGCGAAGAUUGAUGGAGAUGGGCUUCAUUGUUUGGGGAAAUCACGACUCGCCUGUUAUUCCUCUAAUGAUCUUUCAACCUGCUAAGCUUGCAGCCUUUUCUAGGGAGCUACUAGCACGAGGUAUUGGCGUCGUAGUUGUCGGUUUUCCUGCCACCGGGAUUACUGAAACUCGAGCUCGAUUCUGUCUCUCAGCAGCUCACACUAGGGAGAUGCUCGAUGAGGCUUUAGCAGUCUUGGACGAUGUAGGAAACCGACUGCAGCUGAAAUAUUCUUGUCAUCCACUGAAGUCAAACUCACACUGAUGACUGUGGUGAAAUAUCGUGAUUAUAGAACUUAUUGACUGCCUGCUAGUAACCCAAUGUUUCAUCCUCGGUGAUUAUAGAGUCUCCUUUUCAACUUUUGAGUUUGUCUUUGGGCAUGAAUGUAAGUUGUUACCAUGUUGAUACGUUUUCUUAGUUGAUGUCAUAUCAAACUGUAGUUUGAGACCUGAAGGACACUUGCCAUCAUGUAGUCAUGUGUAGUAGUGCAGAUUAAAUUAUUCUGGUUGUUGAUUAUC